UUAAAAAACACGGACUUUCUAAACCAGCAUCACCGUUGCGAAGUCAGUCGGGAUCCGAAAUUUAACUUUAACGGAGGCCAUACGAGAGAGCCAAUAUCAAAAGUCUUUCAAAAUGAAGUUUAUUAUCGUGGCCGUUUUCAUGGCAAUUUAUUUGGCGGUUAACGUGCAUUCAGCGUCCGUUACGCACAGCGUUUCCAAAGAUAAAUUGGCAGUCAAGGGCACCGUUGACGUGAGCUUAAACAUUCCCAUAGAAGAAGUUUGGGACAGUUUGUCUCAAGUUCACAGAUAUCCCACCAUUAACAGUGGAGACACUAUCGCUCUGCGCUCGGCCUACACUUCUGGAAGCUACUCGAAGUAUUGGUUCUACUGUUAUACAGGUUACUGCUACUGGUACACUUGCCCAGGUACUAUCAUGACCUCCUCAAAAUGGACCUCCUGCUCAAAGAGAAUGAUGUUUACCAUCACUGCCAAGGGAAAGACGGAUGGAGAGCCAAUCAACAGUGGCGAUACUGUUUCAUUCAAACCCAACUACUAUAGUAGCAGUUACCGACUGUACUGCAGCUCUUCUUACAGCACCAAUUGCUACGCACGAUCAGUCACCAGUUCCAUGACAGGAAGCGCCUGGCUGAGCUAUUCGUACGUCACCUUUGAGAUCUACUCCAAGAACGCUGAUGAUGGGUCCCCUGUGCAAUAUGGUGACGUGGUGGGCCUCAAAUACCCGUACAGUUCUAACAGUGCCUGGCUGACUUAUUACAGCAGCAGAUUUUAUCCCCGUAGCUGCAGCAGCAGCAGCAAAACAUCAUGCGCAAAGGAAAAUACACUUACUGGAUUUAAGAUCUUCAAGAAGUUGCCAUAGAAGAGCUGAAAUUCCCAAAUCCUUAACCAAAGAUUCAAGCAGAAACUAUAGAGUUGUAGAUUUUUUGCGUCAUCGCUAAAGGAGUUAGGGGGUUUAACUUAAGUUUUGGACAAAUUCAUUUAUAUUGUUGCCAAGGGUUUGCUUUGUUUCCAAUAAAACAGUUGAGGAAUUUGAAAA